ACACUCACACACACAGAAGCACGCACACUCGAGCGUGCACUCGGUCCAUGCGCCACGCACUCACACACACACACACACUCGCUCCUUCUCUGACAAGGAAAAGAUUAUUAUUUUUAAUUUUUUUUAUAUUCUAUUCCGCGGACGCCGUCCAUCGUAGCGGGCCGUUAUGGCAGCCACGCUGUUAACGGGACACGAGGACUUUGUGCCGCUGAUGAAAGGCUUUCAGGAGGAGUCCGUUCUGUUCACCGACACCGACAGGGGACUGGCUAACGAUUACGCGCAGGCGAAGCUUGAGAUGGACAAAUACCUGACACCUCAGCUGCAGGAUUCCCCCGCAGUCAAGAAGCAGUGCCAGGAUAGCCCCUCUGUGGAGUUUUUCUGCGAUGAUCAGGGCUCCCCUUACAGCAUCAACAUGAACGUGUACCUACCUGACAUCGCAUACCUGCGUGGCAGCCUGUGUCGCCAGCAACGCCACUCUGUCCCCAGCCAGGUGAAAAGCAAACCUGUGUGCACAACCUUCUCUCCGGCCCCAGACUGUUCGGUCCCUCCGUCUCUCCCCGAUUUCACUACCAUCUUUAGCUCGCCUUCGGCGCCAUGCGCUAACAUGGGUGCGGGCGACACGUCCAGUGGCAUCUAUAUCAAGCAGGAAAUGCCGUCUUUUGAGCUUCCCCAGGAUGGCCAUCUGUUUCAGCUGCUCAACUCUGAGCUCGACGUUCCCAUUCAGGCCGUUUCGGAGUCUCACACCCAUGCCAUGUCGUCAGAGGUGCCAUCUUUCCAUGACCUGCAUUUAGCAGCCACACAGACUGCCAACAAGCCAUACUGCACCAUGCCCACGCCCUCGUACCCGCUCGGCCCCUCAGGUCACUUCGCUCAGGGCCACACGCAGGUCAAAGCGUCCUACCUUCCUCCCUCGCCGCCGACCUCCGAGCCGGGCAGCCCAGACCGACAGAAAGAGCUGCUGCACAACCUGACACCGCCGCCAUCUUAUGCCGCCACCAUCGCAUCCAAAAUGGCAGGCCACAUGCCCGUUCAUCAAGCAUCCACAUCCGCACGGCCGCCCGUGACCCCUGGCGCCGGGGUCAUGCCUGUCCGGUACAACCGCAGGACAAAUCCUGACCUCGAGAAGAGGCGGAUACACCACUGUGACUUCCCAGGCUGCAAGAAGGUUUACACCAAAUCCUCACAUCUGAAAGCUCAUCUGAGGACACACACUGGCGAGAAGCCAUACAGGUGCACAUGGGAAGGGUGUGACUGGAGAUUCGCUCGUUCUGACGAGCUCACGCGCCACUUCCGCAAACACACGGGCGCAAAGCCCUUCCAGUGUGCAGUGUGCAGCCGCAGCUUCUCCCGCUCCGACCACCUCGCUCUGCACAUGAAGAGGCACCAGAACUGAGCACUGCACGCUGAACACCGCUAACACACACACACACACACAUUUAUAGAGGGAAUUACUGUACUCACUCACUCAUUCACACACACAUUCACACACACACACUAACACACACACACGCACAUAUAUUCACACACAUAUUUAUAGAUACAUACUCAUACACACAUGUACACAUACACGCACACACACACACACACACACACACACACACACACACACACACAAUGACAAUCAGAUUUAAUCGCUACACCCACACAUACUGCUGUGUUCAUCAGAAAAGACACUAGAAAAACAUACACACACACAUACACACACACACACACGUACUAGGACGAGCCUUCAGUAUGAAGGUGAACCUUUUUCCUCUCUCGUGUUUGAACAAGCUCUGAGCUCCUGACUUUACUGAUACAACAUGGCCUUCAUUACAUGUCUUUUUACUUUCUUUCUGUUUUUAAACCAGCCUGAACACACACACACACACACACACACACUCACACUCACACAGACACACUCACACACACACACUCACACACACACACUCACACACACACACACUCACACACACACACACACACAUGCACUCUUAGCUCCGAUCCUGUUGCUUUGAAGCUGUACGUAAACCUGGAUCUCUGGAUGUGUGAAACUCCAACAGGCUGCUUUUACUUACCUGUUUAACUUCAACAACACGUUCAACAGCUGUAACUUUUAUAAAGCAAAAAGAAACAGCUGCAUUCACUUGCUGGCACUCAUUCAGUAAUGAUCUCUCUCUCUCUCUCUCUCUCUCUCUCUCUCUCUCUCUCUCUCUCUCUCUCUCUCUCUCUGUCUGCCUCUCUCUCUCUCUCUCUCUCUCUCUCUCUCUCUCUCUCUCUCUCUCUCUCUCUCUCUCUCUCUCUCUCUCUCUCUCUCUCUCUCUCUCUCUCUCUCUCUCUCUCUCUCUCUCUCUCUCUCUCUGUCUGCCUCUCUCUCGCUCUG